AUAAGAAGAGCGUGGUAUCCCGCACGGAUCACGUCUUGGAAAUCGGCGGCAGAUGCCUGAAAAUAGUCAUCCAGCCGGGAGAAGGGGACCUGAGCAGGAGCCCCUUUACAGAGCAGGCCUCCCCCAGCUUCUCUGUCCCUUCCAGCUCUUCCCCACCUCAGCAGGAGCAGCAGGCGGUCACAGGCCAUGGAGAGAUGGCAAGAGAAGCCCUUACCAGAAAGAUAUUUCUUGCAGUGUCUGCAACUUUGAAUACCAGUAUGUUCACUGAAGAGCAAAGGGAGAGAAUUACUAUUAUAUGUCCAAAUUUAAAAAGAGAAGGAGAUCCUGAUACUGAUGGCUCUGAGAAAUUGACGGGAGAUUUUACAGAUAUUGAAAAAGCUUAUCACUACUUUAAGGAUAUCCUUGCAGGCAAUGACCCAAACCGUGAUUUUUCACAUUCUGAAAGCAAAAAUGGCUUGAAAGAUGAAAAUGGUCUGAAUGCUGAAGAAAUGAACGAGCUUAUAGUUCCAUCAGCUCUCUAUGAAUAUUUCAGUCAUACCUGCAAAGAACAAAUCCAAAAACUAUGUGAACGUUUUGGAGUGAAUAUACGAAGUAAAGAUGAUCACAGUGGAACCAUGUUCAUAUGCUUCACUUCCGCUAAAAGUCCUGCAUCAAUACAAAAAGCUAAUGAUGCUUUUAUCAGGACUUUUCAGAAAAGUGUAGAGCAUCUGAAACAGGAAAAAAUUCCCAUAACAAACAGUUACCCAUUAAAUGAGACAAUAAUGAAAUUAAAUGCUAAAUUUGGUAAUCUUCUUGCCAAAGAGGAAGGGAAUCAGUUGCUACUCCGUGGUCCAGAAAGUGAGAUUUUAGCUGCCAAACGAUUUCUAGCAAAGGAAGGUGAGAACAGCCAAGCUGAAAAGAAUGUGAAAAGAUCAUCUGAACUGUACAAAUACAGGAAUGGAAUUGAAGUUGAUGCUUCUGCAUUUAAAUUGUUGGAAACAAUACUAAGCAAAGAAAUUGAAGACAUUAAUGACAAAUUUGAUACACUAGUAGAAAAGAAAGAUGGUUCGUAUGGCCAGAAGAUGCUCGUAAUAUUUAGGCCUCGGAUCAAAACUUCUGAUAUGUCCUCACAUGCUACUGAAAGUUUCAUCGAUGCAUUUCAGAGUGCCUCUGCAAUGUUAAGAGAAAAACCCAUCAGCUCCAAGCUUUCAGAAGAUCAGAAGAAAAGAUUAAAUAUGCUGCUUGAUGGAAAACAAUUGGAAAAUCUGCAUGUAAAACUUAAGAAGAAGGAAGACAAAGUCAUCUUAAGUGGUUUACCAAAUCAUCUUUGUGCUGCUGAAAAGCACAUUAUGAACAUUAUCACUGAAGACUCAACACAAACUAAAAAUAAGACACCACUGUUCUCUGAUCUCCUCUAUCAAGAAGCUACAGGAGCAUCUGAAAAGAAAUACAAUGGCAAGCAAAACAAUAAUCUUUCUUCUGAAGGACAGGCUAAGGCAACGACAGAAGGAGACGAAGAUGUGUGUCCGAUUUGCAUGGAGACAAUUAAUGAUAAAGAAGUACUGAGAAAGUGCAAACAUGUGUUUUGCAAAAGUUGCAUCAGCCAGGCCAUGACUUACAAGCAAACUUGUCCUGUUUGUAGUACCGUCUAUGGAGUCGUGAAAGGAGACCAGCCAGAGGGAACGAUGUCAACUGAAACGCUGUCUUUACCUCUCCCUGGUUAUCCCAAUUGUGGUACUAUUGUGAUUACAUACAAGAUGCAAAGUGGUAUUCAAACUAGCAACCAUCCAAACCCCGGGGAGCCUUACAGCGCCACUUCUCGAACAGCGUAUUUACCUGACAAUAAGGAAGGGCAAGAAAUUCUGCAGCUCCUCAAAAGAGCCUUUAACCAAAAAUUGAUUUUCACAGUGGGGCAGUCACGUACUACUGGUGCACAAGAUGUUAUCACAUGGAAUGAUAUUCACCACAAAACUUGCAGGACUGGAGGACCCAGCAAUUUUGGUUACCCUGAUCCUCAUUAUCUGCAGCGGGUUCGAUCAGAAUUGAAAGCAAGAGGAAUUGAAUAA